AUGUCUGCUGCUGAGCAAAGGGAACUUCUGGAACAGCUUAUGGGCAAAGAUCUCCUAGUGAGAUUGCCCAAAGACUACAACAAAACCAGAGACCCUAUCGAGGUGUUGAAGGAUCCCAAAAUCUGCAAAUCGUUCUUGGUUGGAACAUGUCCGACCACAUUGUUUGUGGGAACCAAAGAAGACCUAGGAAGAUGUCCCAAGCUUCAUCUGGAAAAGCACAAAAUCCUUUACGAGAUUGAACUGCAGAAAGGAGUCGAUUUCACGGUUUUCCAGAUGGAGUAUUACAGAGACCUUGAGAGACUCGUGAACGACUGCAAUAGAAAGGUCAGAAAUGCAAAUCUGAAACUGAACCAAACCCCCGAAGAUACCUCCAGGCUCGACGACAUAAGUCAGCAACUAGACGAAGUGGACCUGAAAAUUGGUCUGAUGGUGCAGGAAAUCCAGCUUCUGAUAGAACAGGCGAAAUUCUUCAACAAGUCUAUCGAGCAGCUGAAGGAAUUGAACAGAUUAUUACAGUUGCGCAAGGAUCUGAGCUCCAGAUAUACAGUCAUACUGGAGAGUUUGGAUCAGGCAGCACAACAAAAGCUACAGGUUUGCAGUACAUGCUCCGCAUAUCUGUCGAGACUGGAUAGCGACAGAAGACUGGCAGACCAUUUUGUGGGAAAAAUCCAUUUGGGCUAUUAUCUUAUCAAAAACGAGUACAAUGAGUGGCGAAAGAAGCUUUUUGAAAAGAUAUAG